AUGCCUCCAAAGGGAGCCAAACCCACUAGCGACGAACUGCUAGCUCAGUUCGACAACCUUGGUAUCGACCAGUCCGACAAGGGCUCCAAGCGCGUCCCGGCACCAGCUGCCCCCGCGGCUGACAAUGCGAAGGCCGAGCAGGAGGAUAUCCUCGCUGAGCUGGACCACCUAGCUACGCAGCGACCGAGCAGUGGUCCCGGGACACCGCGUCUUUCGUCUGAUAAGGCUCGGUCCUCGACGCGGUCGCCGCGGCCUAGUGCGACGAUCGAUCGGGCUAGCGAGGACAAGACGCGCCAGUCGGAGGAGACUGGUCGGUCUUCUCGUGCUGGCGUCAAGCAGGAACAGCCUAAGACGGAGCCGGAAGAGGCUGCACCGCAGCAGCAGCAGGAGGGUGGUGGUUGGUGGGGAGGAAUCUUCGCAACUGCCAGUGCUACCGCUACUGCUGCUAUGAAGCAGGCUGAGGCUGCUGUCAAGGAAAUCCAAAACAAUGAGGAGGCUCAGCGCUGGGCGCAGCAAAUGAAGGGCAAUGUUGGUGCGCUGAGGGACUUUGGCGGCGAGCUUCGCAACAUGGCCAUCCCAACCUUCACCAACCUCAUUCACACUCUUGCGCCUCCCAUCUCCUCGCACGAACGUCUCCAGAUCCAUGUGACCCACGACCUCUCUGGCUACCCCGGCGUGGACCCGUUAGUAUAUGCUGUCUUCUCGCGCGUGAUGGCACAGGUCGAGGGUGGAGACCUGCUGGUCAUUCAGCGGGGUCAAGAGUCUGCUCCCAAGCGCGGUCUUGAUGUCGGCGGAUAUAUUUCUAGUGCUGGAUGGAGCGAUGGGCCUUGGUGGCGGACAGUGACACCCGGAACCCCGCGCACCAUCAAUGCGGUGCCCGGUACAAUCGAGGGAUCCAAAUUGGCCCGUGCAAGCGCCGAGUCCUACGCAACAGAGUACUUUGCUUCCCGAGGCGGAAUCGAAGAAGCCGCGAAGCAAGCCAGCGAGGUCCUGAGCGAAUCUAACCCGGUCCGCAGCAGUGAUAUCUUCCUGGCUAUCCAGGCUAUCCGCCAGACGGUCUCGACAGACCUCUUCCAGGCCGGCGCAUCAGGCGAGAAGCCCACCACACCCGGCGCGGUCGAUACCCCCGAGCCAGAGGAGGAGAUUUCAUUUGCUUUGUACCUCCAUGAUCCCGUGCACGGCAUUGCCUUUCACACCAUUUCCCAACCGGUUCCUCAGCAGUGGAUUGAAUGGCUCGACGCCUCCGCGCCGGCCCCGGAGAACCCGGACGCGGAGGACGCACAGGUCCCGCGCGCCGUUGUGCCCGAAGCUAUCGCCGAGAUCAUCGAGAGUGGAGGCGUGGACCCGCGCGAGUGGGUUGCCGAGUGGAUCGAGGAGACUCUUUCGCUCGCAGCGGGCGUCGUUGCGCAGCGGUACGUGGCUCGCCGUAUGGGUGUUGGCGAGGGCGGCAUUGGAAAGGGCAAGAUGCGGGCCGAGCAAGCGACGACUGUGGAGAGUGGUGCAGGUGAGGCUGCGCGCGCUUUGUAG